AUGGUGCGGUGGCCGCUUAGCCAGGCUGCCAUCGGCAGCAGGCAAUCUGCUUCCGCGUGUGAAAAGCCGCCGCUCUUCUGCACGCGCGUCGGAGUUGCACGUGCCUCUCGUUUCUGCUCGAAAAGCUCCGACGUAGAGGGACAUCAGGGGGGCCCAGCCCCUGGUGGAUGCAGCGCGCGCGCCGCGCCGUCACCAACUCACAUUUUCGCUGCGUCAUCUUCCCGCGGCUUCUCCUCUCUACCCCUGCUUGACGCUGCUGUCGAUGCCUCAACGUCCGCGUCGUCUUCCGGGCUAACUUCGGACUCUCUGUCUCGCUUCCUCACCCAGUGCGUAAACCAGCUGCUUCCAGGAGCCGCGAGCUCUGCGGCUCUCUCUCUCUCCCGCUUUGCCCUGCCUGCUCUGUCGCAGACAGAAACGGGGGUGUUCCUCUCUUUUGCAACUCGCUGUCGCGGAGGCGAUGACCUAGCGCGAUCCAGCGUCUCUAUGGCCAUCAGUGCCGUCGGGCCCAGCGUGUGCCUGGGAGGGCAGGAGGCGCGAGUUCAUGCGCGAGGCGAGAGGCGGGCGGAAGACGAGUCUGGCGCACAAGAGCUCUGUGAGAAGCUUUUCUCGUCUCAGAUCUUCCGCGUGGGGGAAGAUGCGACGUCCUGCCGACCCGCGGUCAGGUUGUGGAGAGCAGUUCCUGGUAGAUGUGCACUCAAAGGCAGCGGCGUCGCUGCACCGACGACGGGAGAUGUGCCGGAUGGAGCAGGCGAAGGCACACGCUUUCUCAAACAAAGCCCUGUUUUCGAGGAGGCGAGUCACUUAGUCGGGCGUCAGAAAAACAUGCAGGAAACUGGUCGUUGGGCGGCUGGGGCAGCCGCAGAACCCGUCCGCGUCUUCAGCGUCGAGACGCUCAAGGACCUGAUCGGAAAGUGGUGGAUUCAACUGUGGAAGGGCAACAGGUGGAAAGGUCCCCAGAGGAACAAGUGGAAGUGGUACCAUCGACACGGGUACUGGGCCACUCGGAAGAAGUUGAUUGAUUUUACCAAGUACCGACGAUACGGGUACCACGAACGGCGGGGUCUGGGCAAGCCGCGUAUGCAAUUCUGGGAAAAUCCUUCGCACCACAAACGACUAAAGAAGGCGAUUCGCUUUUGGUGA